ACACAUUUUUGCUGUUGGCUGUAUAUAACCCCUGUCCACGUCAAUAAUAUCACACUUUCCAAAAUACUCGAGAUUCUGUCUCUUUCCUCCCUACAAUCCCUCUCCGACUCUCUCGUCGUAUGUCACAGAGCCACCGCAUACGGCGGCAGUCGCAGAUAUGAUUAGUACCUGCCUUACUUCAUCCACCUUCUCCGCCUCUUCUUCUGGUCUCCUCUCUCUGAAACCUCCUCAGUUCUCCCAUCUACUUCCCAAACUUAGCUUCCAUACUAAUUUUCAUGUCAAGAGGAGGAUUUUAAAAAACAAAGGAAUAUGCAGAGCGGAGUUUUCUGGCGACGCUCCUUUUGCUGCCGCUAUUGGUGCUUCUGUGCUGAGUUCUUUACUGCUGCCUAAAGCUGUUAAUCCCGAAGACGAUGGUGAUUCUGCUAUUGAUUCUACUGAUGCUCGAUUGACUGCCAUGGGGAUCAUAAGCUUUAUUCCUUACUUUAAUUGGCUGAGCUGGGUAUUUGCAUGGCUUGAUACUGGAAAACGGCGUUAUGCUGUCUAUGCACUUGUAUACUUGGCUCCAUACAUCAGGUCAAAUAUGUCUUUGUUCCCCGAAGAUAGUUGGUUGCCUGUUGCUAGCAUUAUUUUCGGCAUCAUACAUGUGCAGCUUGAAGCAAGUAUAAAAAAUGGAGAUCUUGAUGGAUUUCAAUAUUUGAAGGCCGCUGCUAAUUUUUUUACACCGAGGAGUAAAAAGAAAGAUUCAAACUCAAAAGAUCACCAAGCACCAUUUGAGAAGUAUGAACCAAGUAAAGAUAAUAAAGAACUUGAAGGAUUUCAAAUUUUGAAGGAAGCUGCAAAGUUCCUUUCACCACUGAUGGAAAAAGAAGAUUUGAACAUGGAAAAUGAUCAUAGACAUUUUGAGGAGCUUGAAAAUAACUUGAAAAAUGGGGAUUUUGAGGAAUUUUUAAAGGAGGCUGCAAAUUUGUUUUCACCUACAAUGAUAAAGAAAGAUAUGGAAGGACUCUCUGAGGAGGAAAAAGAGGAACAUGGGAGCCAGUCAUCUGCUACUGAGCAGCUAAGAAAUGAAACUCAGAUAGAGCACUCAGAACAUCAUGAGCACAGACAUAGUGUUUGGGAUGAUGAUGAGGAGAGGAAGAAACAAUAGAUAUCAGCUUGUUACGUGACAUUGAGGUUGGAAUAUAUAAAACAUUCUUCACUAAUUGGAGUAAUCAUUCAAUAUCUACUUGUAAAUUGGUUUUUUGGCAGCCUUUGGGGAAAAAUAUUGAUUACAGCAAAAAAAUACAUUAACAUUCUUACAGAUAUAUGAAUCUUUCUACACUAGGUUAAUAUUCAGUUUGUAAGGAGACAAUUCUUUUCAUUGUCGAGUUUCAAGUUUUUGUGAUA